AUGGAUGCAUGGAUAUAUCACUCAACAAAGAACCAAAUCUCCAUACCAGCCCUAGAAAGAAUGGCCAAACCAUUACAUGUCGCCGUGGUGGUCCUCCUUUACGCCGCCGCCUUAUCCCAUCGUUUCUCCUUCUCAUUGGCCAUUGGAGUCAACUAUGGCACCACCGCCAACGACCUUCCGCCGCCACAACAAGUGGCCCAAUUCAUCAAGGACAAAACCUUAAUAGACCGCGUUAAAAUCUUCGACGCCAACCCCGACAUCAUACGUGCAUUCGCGGGCACGGGCAUCCUUCUAACCAUCACCAUCGCCGACGGCGAUAUAUUGAACCUCGCAACCCCUCGAGCAGCCCGCCGAUGGGUUGCCGCCAAUGUACAGCCGUUUUAUCCGGCCACUCGCUUCCACCACAUCUGCGUAGGAAGCGAGGUUUUCCAGUGGACCGACGCGAACACGAUUGCGCAUCUCGUUCCCGCGAUGAAAGCCGUGCACAACGCGCUAUCUCGAGCCGGGAUAAAGGACGUAUCCGUCACGACCGCCCAUUCGCUCAUAAUCUUAAACCCAUCGAACUUUCCGAGCGGUUCCUCGUUCAAGACGGCGUGGGACCGGAGUGUGAUAGCUCCCAUGUUGGACUUUCAUCGUCGGACCAGGUCACCGUUUAUGGUUAAUCCUUACCCGUAUUUCUCCUGGUCCCCACAAAAGGACGCGUUCAAUCUUUUCCGUCGCAACCCGGGCGUUCGCGAUCCGGGAACAGGGAAAACGUACUUCAACAUGUACGAUUUUUUAUUGGAUUCGGUUCAUACGUCGAUGAAGAAGUUAGGGUACGGAGACGUGGAGAUUGCGGUUGGGGAGGUGUCGGGACACCUUUGA